UACCCCCACCCUUUCCAACAAUUCCCAUUCUCACACUCCAUCUCAUUCCCAAGUUCCAACUCUCUCAUCAUCGUCUCUUCAUCGGAUUCGGGUACAUAAUGAUCAACCGAUCCGACUCCGAAACCAGCGUCCAAUCAUCGACCACCACGUCAUCCUCCUCCCCUUCAUCUCCGCCGCCCGAAUCCUCUAAACGCCCUAAACGGGUCCGCGAUUCCAGCCGCCACCCGCUUUACCGUGGAGUUCGGAUGCGGACUUGGGGCAAAUGGGUUUCCGAGAUCCGAGAACCCAAGAAGAAGUCUCGCAUUUGGCUCGGCACCUUCCCCACGCCGGAGAUGGCGGCUCGAGCUCACGACGUCGCCGCUCUCAGCGUUAAGGGUGACUCAGCUAUACUUAACUUCCCCGAGUUAGCCGCUUCGCUUCCCCGCCCGGCGACGCUGGCUCCCCGCGAUGUGCAGGCGGCGGCGGCUAAGGCUGCUGCUAUGGAGCCGGUGACGGAGCCGGCGCCGGAUGAGCUUGGAGAGAUCGUUGAGCUGCCGCGACUCGGUGAUGAGUGGCUUGACUCGGCUGAGUUCGUGUUUUAUGAUGACUCGUGGGCGGGUGAGCCCGGUUUGUUCUUAUCGGAUUCGGGUUGGCCCGAUGCGAUCUUGCAAACGGGUCUUUUGUGGGACUAUUAAUGGAGCUCCGAUAAGUCUUUCUCUCUUCUUAAGCCCUUCUCUUUUUUCACAGGGCCAAGGCAAUCCUUUUA